AUGCCGCCGCCGACGAAUGUUAAGCAGCUUCGGAGCCUUCUCGGUGGACUCAGUUACUACCGGAAAUUACUCAAGAAUUUCGCCACCAAGGUGCGGCCUCUCAACUCUCUUCUCAAACAAGUUGUCCCGUUCGAGUACACCCCGGGCAUGGUCAAGGUUGUCAAAACGUUGUUAAGCGAACUCGCCCGCCCCCCGAUUUUGGUCUUCCCGGAUUGGGCAGCAAUCGAGGACAACAGCCGUCCUCUUGGUUUGUGUUCUGACGCGUGUAUCGACGGUUUUGGCGCCUCCUUGGAACAAGAACAGCUCGAUGGCUCGGUGGGACCCAUCGUGUACAUCAGCCGCGCUACUCUUCCUGCGGAGCGUAACUGGACCGUUUUGGAUCUGGAGGCUGGUGGCAUUGUUUGGGCCAUCAAACGCCUUCGCGGUUAUCUGUGGUCGACCAAGUUCAUCAUCUAUUCGGACCACAAAGCCUUGGAGAGCAUUGGCAAGGUUGGGGAACACAACGCUAGGGUGCAACGAUGGCUCGAAUUUCUGUCCAACUUCACCUACACCCUGAAAUAUCGGAAAGGUUACGCAAACGGCAACGCGGAUUUUCUUUUGCGGUUGCCUUUACCAGCACAAGACACUGACAAAACCGGCCCCGACUGCAUUGAUGGUGUCGAUCAAGCGGGUGUUUUCCUCAUUUGGGCUUGCGGGCGCAACUAUCACUCGUCGUCUACACCGGAGGGGCCUGGUACGGUCGUCGGCGUCGACUUCUUCGGACCUCUGCCAGUGACUGCCAAGGGCAACUCCUACAUUUUGUUGUUCACAGACCGUUUCAGUCGGAGAGCCGACAUGUUCGCAGUUACAGCGGCGGAAUUUACGGCGAGAGGGACGGCUCACAUCUUCGUCAACCAAUACAUGACCAAGUGGGGAUGUCCGACUACGUUAUUGUCGGACAACGGACUGCAUUUCUGCUCGAAGCUCUCCAUGGCGAUCUACGAGGUGAUGAAGAUCAAGAAGGUCACCACCAGCUCCUACCACCCACAGACCAACGGCGGCACGGAACGCGUCAACCACACGAUGGCCCAGAUGCUUGCGGUGGUCUUCAACGAACAGCAAAACGAUUGGGACAUACAUCUCCCGCACGUUGAGUUUGCCUAG